GUGGAACUGUCAUGUAAACGUCCAUUGCUCCAGAUAAUCCAAAACAUUAAAUUCAUUUGCGAGCUUCAAAGCCCAGCUUUCUAUAUCUACGAGCUGACAGCACUUGAUACGUGACUAUGUGCUGGUUUCACACCACGGUUUGAUGCAAAUGGGCAAGUAGCCUAUAUCAUGACGAUUUAUUCUGAUUCAUGUUAGACAGGGGCGCAGCCGUCAACACUUGGGACGUAAGAUGAAAACUCUUGAGAUGGGUUUGAAGGCACAGUACCAGUGACGGUCAGACGUAGAGAUGCGAUGACGUAUGUGGGUCGUCCGACUCAAGACGAUCACCACGCUCGAAGCAUGGUCAGAAUUGCUAGGGCUCCCAAGGGUAGCCUGCCGCUCAAACCAUUACCAACCAAUGCGCAGAUGUGGACCCAUGCAUGCUGCCCUACGGGUCCCGAGACGGCCCCAGACGAGACAGCCUAAAGAUGAAUGCCAUUACGAUGUACGUGUUAAGAAGCGUCAUACUAGUAGAUGCAACUGCAGGUGCGAUUCACGGUGUUGGAAGGGGAUGCAAAAUUGUCGCAUUAUACAUCGAUGAUAUCAUACGCUUGGCUGCUCCAGUCUACCUGCCAGGUUACCGACGAGUCCAACUUGGAUAUCAGUACUUACAUCCAAGCUGCCCCUAAAGCUGAACGUAUAAAGUUAGAUUCGUGACACGCCGGUGACCGCCAUUGGAUAUGGGGCCAUGGGUAUCGCAGCAUUCUAUGGUACCCCUCCUCCUGACGAGGAGCGUCUGAAGUUCCUGGAUGCUCUCUAUGAGUCCGGCUGUAUAUUCUGGGAUACCGCAGAUGGUUAUGGUGACAGCGAAGAACUGAUUGGUAGAUGGUUCAAACGCUCCGGCAAGCGCGAUGAUAUCUUCCUCGCUACAAAGUUCGGCCUCGCUUCCGGAAAGGGGGUCGUAUGCGGUGAACCCGAAUAUGUUCACCAAGCUUUCGCCAAAUCUAUCUCGAGACUUGGCGUUGACCACGUCGACUUGUACUACUUGCAUCGACCUGAUCCUCAAGUCCCUAUUGAGUUGACCGUCGGUGCGAUGGCACAGCUCGUUAAAGCGGGCAAAGUGAAGUAUCUCGGUCUUUCAGAAUGCUCUUCCAACACCCUUCGCCGUGCACACGCAGUCCAUCCUAUUGCCGCUCUCCAAGUGGAGUAUUCGCCGUUCACGUUGGACAUUGAAAAUCCUAAGGUCGGUCUGAUGAAGACGGCGCGUGAAUUAGGUAUCACUAUUAUUGCAUAUUCGCCUUUGGGGAGAGGCUUGCUUACCGGUCGAUUCCACUCACCCGAUGACUUCGAAGAAAACGAUUUUAGACGCACGGUGCCGCGCUACUCCAAGGAGAAUUUCCCCAACAUCCUCAAGCUCGUUGAUGGCCUCAAAGCCGUAGGAGAUCGACACAACGCUACGGCAGCUCAGGUCUCCCUUGCAUGGGUUCUCGCACAGGGAGAAGACGUUAUUCCUAUUGCCGGCACUACCAAAGUUAAGAAUCUGAAAGAGAAUUUGGGCGCGUUACAUGUGAAGCUUUCGCCAGAUGAGGUCGAGGAGAUCAGAGGGCUGGUGGACAAGGUGCACGCAGCGCAAGGGUCUCGAUACGACCCUGCGUUGGCCGCUAUCCUGUUUGCCGAUACUCCUCCGUUGCAAAAGUGAAGCAAGAAGUCAAAAAGGUGGUUUGAGGGUCAAGUCAACGGAAAGUCUUCGGCCGAGCUUCAAAUUGAGAAUUGGUACCUCGCACUUAGCAUUUUAGCGAUCUUCUGAAUGUUGCACUUGUUAUCUUCUUCGCGCCUUUCGAAGAGCGUUUCAGUACACAUUCCCGGGAAUGCCGCGCGCGUGGGAUACCCGGAGCAACUUCUGACUUGAUCGACUUCUCUGUUACUUGCCCGGUGUGUUCGUGUCGACUCGUUGUGUAUAAUGCCUUACUCUAUUGCCGCCCCGGUACUAGCAGAGAGUAUGAUUUCACAGCACGUUUGUGUCAAGCUUCUAUACCCCAUACCAUGGUCAGAUCAGCCCCGGGGGAGAAUGUGGGUCAGCCUGAAUUAAUAGUC